AUGGAAUCCGAAAUCUACCACCCGGCUCCCUUCAUGCGGCCUAUGGGCGGCGGACAGAAGUUGGGCAACGUUUACGAAAUGCGGAUCUAUGAGUACCAGAACGGCACGAUGCCCAAGGUGCUGGACAUCUGGUCCGCCGCCAUCGAACAUCGCGAAAAGUUCUCACCGCUCGCCGCCGGCAUGUACAGCGAAUUCGGCGGGCUCAACAAGUGGGUACACAUCUGGCCCUACGCAGACCUGGGUGAACGCGACAAGACCCGCGCCGCGGCAUCGGCCUCCCCCCAUUGGCCGCCGCCAACCCGCGAGUUCCUCGUCGGCCAGGAAGUGAAAAUCCUGGUUCCGGCAGCGUUCUCGCCUCAGGCGUAG